AUGCAUACUUUUUCGGUUCUCCUCGCUCUCGCUCCCGUGUCCGCCCUUGCCCAGGCUCCCAUCUGGGGACAGUGCGGUGGCAAUGGCUGGACCGGUGCUACAACUUGCGCUAGUGGUCUGAAGUGUGAAAAGAUCAACGACUGGUACUAUCAGUGUGUUCCCGGAUCUGGAGGAUCUGAGCCCCAGCCUUCGUCAACUCAGGGUGGUGGAACUCCUCAGCCUACUGGCGGCAACAGCGGCGGCACUGGUCUCGACGCCAAGUUCAAGGCCAAGGGCAAGCAGUACUUUGGUACCGAGAUCGACCACUACCACCUUAACAACAACCCUCUGAUCAACAUUGUCAAGGCCCAGUUUGGCCAAGUGACAUGCGAGAACAGCAUGAAGUGGGAUGCCAUUGAGCCUUCGCGCAACUCCUUCACCUUCAGCAACGCUGACAAGGUCGUCGACUUCGCCACUCAGAACGGCAAGCUUAUCCGUGGCCACACUCUUCUCUGGCACUCUCAACUGCCUCAGUGGGUUCAGAAUAUCAACGAUCGCUCUACCCUCACCGCGGUCAUCGAGAACCACGUCAAGACCAUGGUCACCCGCUACAAGGGCAAGAUCCUUCAGUGGGAUGUCGUCAACGAGAUCUUCGCUGAGGACGGUAACCUCCGCGACAGUGUCUUCAGCCGAGUUCUCGGUGAGGACUUUGUCGGUAUUGCUUUCCGCGCUGCCCGCGCCGCUGAUCCCGCUGCCAAGCUCUACAUCAAUGAUUACAAUCUCGACAAGUCUGACUAUGCUAAGCUCACCCGCGGAAUGGUCGCUCACGUUAACAAGUGGAUUGCUGCCGGUAUUCCCAUCGACGGUAUUGGAUCUCAGGGCCAUCUUGCUGCUCCUAGUGGCUGGAACCCUGCCUCUGGAGUUCCUGCUGCUCUCCGAGCUCUUGCUGCCUCAGACGCCAAGGAGAUUGCCAUCACUGAGCUUGAUAUCGCUGGCGCCAGUGCUAACGAUUACCUUACUGUCAUGAACGCUUGCCUUGCCGUUCCUAAGUGUGUCGGCAUCACUGUCUGGGGUGUCUCUGACAAGGACUCGUGGCGACCUGGUGAGAACCCCCUCCUCUACGACAGCAACUACCAGCCCAAGGCUGCUUUCAAUGCCUUGGUCAACGCUCUGUAAGCUGUUGUUGAUGUAUGUCGCUG